UGUCUCAAUCGUGAUCGGCUCCUGAUUGUGCAGCUGCUCCGAGUUCUCUCUCUGUGUCUGCGCUGAUUCUCGGCGGGUUGUCACAAAGAAGACUCUUACUGCCUAUAUCAAUAUCGGGAGUCCCAGAAUAUUCCAGAGACUGUGGCACCUUCGAACGUUCUUGCCUCUGGUCCUCAUUUAUGAAGCUUUGCCUAUAGGUCUGCCCAAUGCCGAAAAACAGUAAAGUCACGCAACGAGAGCACAGCAAUGAUCCUGUCACAGAAUCUGUUGCUGACCUGCUCGCUGGAGAAGAACCUGUUGACUAUAAACACAGUGUGCUGAAUGUGGGAGGAGUCCCUGUGACAAAAGACCAGGAUGGAGGGAAUGCAAUCGAGAAUGAUGAUCGCCCAGUCUGGAACAAUAAGCUGCAGUACAUCCUUGCCCAGAUUGGCUACUCCGUAGGCCUGGGAAAUGUCUGGCGUUUCCCUUACCUGUGUCAAAAAAAUGGUGGAGGUGCUUAUCUUGUUCCCUAUUUCAUCCUGCUCCUUAUCAUUGGAAUUCCCCUGUUUUUCCUGGAACUUGCAGUGGGCCAAAGAAUAAGACGUGGGAGUAUUGGUGUCUGGAACUACAUAUGCCCCAGGCUGGGCGGCAUUGGAUUUGCAAGUUGCAUUGUCUGUUUCUUUGUUGGACUUUAUUACAAUGUUAUCAUUGGCUGGAGUAUUUUUUAUUUUUUUAAAUCAUUCCAGUCUCCCCUCCCAUGGAGCGAGUGUCCUCUUAUCACCAAUGGUAGUGUUACCAUUGUGGAACCGGAAUGUGAAAAGAGUUCAGCUACUACCUACUUCUGGUACAGAGACACUCUGAACAUUGCCAAUAACAUCAAUGAAGGAGGAGGUCUGAACUGGAAGAUGACUCUGUGUCUCCUAUCAGCUUGGUUCCUUGUAGGAUUGUGUACGAUCAAAGGUAUCCAGUCAUCUGGUAAGGUGAUGUAUUUCAGUUCUCUGUUUCCAUAUGUCGUUCUGAUUUGCUUCCUGGUUCGAAGUCUGCUUCUCAGAGGCUCGAUUGAUGGAAUUCUUCACAUGUUCACUCCUAAGUUGGAGAAGAUGAUGGAAGCUCAGGUAUGGAGGGAAGCUGCUACACAAGUAUUCUUUGCUCUUGGACUCGGGUUUGGAGGAGUCAUCGCAUUCUCAAGUUACAACAAGAAAGAUAACAACUGUCAUUUUGAUGCAGCCCUUGUUGCUUUUAUCAAUUUCUUCACCUCUGUUUUGGCAACACUUGUGGUGUUCGCAGUCCUCGGAUUCAAAGCUAAUGUGAUGAAUGAGAAAUGCGUCAUAACAAAUUCUGAAAAGAUUAUUGGAUACCUGAAUUCCAAAGUACUGAGCCAUGAUCUGAUUCCACCCCAUAUCAACUUCUCACAUCUGACAGCUUCUGAUUAUUCUGAGAUGUACAGUGUCAUAAAGACCGUAAAGGAAAAUCAUUUCAGUGAACUUGGGCUGGACACAUGUCAACUGGAGGAUGAGCUGGAUAAGUCAGUGCAGGGUACAGGCCUUGCCUUUAUUGCUUUCACGGAGGCAAUGACCCAUUUCCCAGCCUCCCCUUUCUGGUCUGUGCUCUUUUUCCUGAUGCUCAUUAACCUGGGAUUGGGCAGCAUGAUGGGAACCAUGGAAGGCAUCAUCUCACCGAUUGUUGACUCAUUUAAAAUGCGCAAAGAGUUCUUGACAAUUGGCUGCACAAUUAUCGCUUUCUCAAUCGGACUCAUAUUCGUUCAGCGUUCUGGGAACUACUUUGUCACCAUGUUCGAUGACUACUCUGCUACAUUACCCCUCACAAUUGUGGUCAUUUUGGAAAAUAUCUCUGUUUCAUGGAUCUAUGGGACAAAAAAAUUCAUGCAGGAGUUGACAGAAAUGUUGGGUUUCACUCCAUACAGAUACUACUAUUACACCUGGAAGUAUAUCUCCCCUCUGGCUAUGGUCAUUCUGAUGUUGGCCAGUAUUAUUCAGAUGGGGAUCACUCCACCAGGAUACAAUGCCUGGAUAAUGGAGGAGGCUAUGGAGAGGUUCCUGAUAUUCCCGGGCUGGGCCCUGGGUUUGACUGUAACUCUGAUUGUGCUGGGAGUUCUCCCCAUUCCUAUUGUUUUCAUUGUCCGGCACUUCCAUCUCGUGUCUGAUGGGUCCAACACUUUAUCAGUCUCCUACAACAGAGGUCGAAUGAUGAAAGAUAUGUCCAAUUUGGAUGAUCACGAUGAGACUCGAUUCAUCCUGAGUAAGGUCCCCAGUGAGACUCCCUCACCAAUGCCUAUUCAUCGCUCCUAUAAUGGGCCAGACAGUAUAUCACCGCUGGAGAUGACUGCUGCUAAUGGACGAUACGGCAUUGGUUACCUGUCCGCUGGCACUCCUGAAUCAGAACUGUAAGCUGGGCUUUCAAGAGGCAAAUCAGCAUCUAAUAUAGUUAUAAUAUUGAGUGAAUUGGUGAGAGGUGUAACGAUUAACUAGCAGGUUGUAAUUGGAGAAAACAACCUGUAACUAGCACCAUUGAUUGAAAUCUGGUCAAUUUGACAUUGAUCUCCACUGGUUUAAAAAAAACACACAAUUAUGUAAAUUAGCCAAUGAUAGACUGGACCUGUAGCAGUGCGGGCACUGCAUGUACAAUGCUACAAUGGGAAUCACUGUAAUUGAUCUGACCCUAUAUCAGCAAACAUUGAAUAUAUUACCUUGUAUCAAAUCAGUCAUACACAUUUACCUGUAAUAGCACAAAUACCACAUAUACCAGCCUUGCAUCAGUGCAGAUAUGUAUAUACUCACCUUUUAUCUGCACAUACACUACAUAUGCUGAACCUGCAUCAAGACAAGUAUACUAGCUCUUACUCGGAAUCAAUGCUGAAGAUUUUGCCCUGUCCCCUUCAGCAGUAGCAGAUGAAAUAAAAACUGAGUUUAAGUACAGAUAAUGCAAAUACUGUACAGGAAAUGCACAUCCUGAAACAAAAUCAGCACAAGAGCGACAUCUGCUACACUAUAUUACUCCAAACACCAUAUCAGCCCUGAAAUAGCACAAAUGUUAGGCCUGUAUCUGCACGUACAUGCCAUAUACUGCCAUUUAUGAAGACAAGCAAUGCAUGUACUAACCAGAGUCAGUAUGAGUCUGUGUACUAACUGAGCGUGUAAGUGUUGUGUACUUGCCAUGAGUCAGUAUGAGUGUGUGCUCGGUGUGUCAGUCCAGAUAUGUUAAGCUUGUCUUUGGUUUUGUUAUUAAUGUUGUUGCUGUAUUAAUGAUCUCAUUGAAGCUUUGGUACUAGGCCUUGUAUGGAUUUGUUACUAACCCUGAGUUUGAGCAUGUGUGGACUGAUAGCACCUGUGUGUAAGUGAUGCAGGCUCUGAAGUUCCAGUGAACACACUGUAUCCUAACCUCGGAGGAUUAUCCUACAAAUCGAGCUCUAUCAGCUAAGGAUCUAUAGGUAAAGACCUCGACUAAAGCACAAAAACUGGUAACAGAGUGGUAAAUUCAGUCAGUUAUUCUGAGAGCAGUCCCUGAGAACUUGCAAGGCCAUUACUAGUUGCAUUUCUGUGAUGAUCAUUGUUCCCUUGAUCACCUGACUGUGUUUACCUUUGAUUCUCCUUUUCUGUCAUUGGACCCUAACUUUCCAAAAUCUGCACAAGUAAUACACGUGAAUAAGUGUAAAAUGAUCUUUAGUGACCCAUUCAGAAUAACACAUACAGUGUAAAGUAGUCAUGAUUUGGAGAUGCCAGUGUUGGACUGGUGUGUACAAAGUUAAAA